CAGCACCCGGAAGUUGUCGCGAUGCCGCGCUAGAGCGCAGCUGCAUAGCAACGCCUUGUUGUUUGGCUGCUGAGAUUGACGGCCGGGUGCCGCAGUGACGCGCGCUGAUUUUUUUUUUUUUAAAAACCUUCUUUACUUGUCGCACGUGGUGUGGGGGUGACUGGUGUGACUUAUACAUCUCCGGGCUUAGUUAGUUCAUGCAAGCUGGCACUUUCUACACUUCUUAGAAUGUGUAGUUCUCUUUCCCGCGAGGCCUGCGAUUCUCCAUCAGGCUGGGGCGGUGCACACUGCGGGUGAGGUGGUUCCACGGCGCCGUGAGUAAAUACUACCAUGCGACUGGCCGGAAGGCGACUCCAGCGCUGAACGGUGACUUUGAGAAGUAAAAGGGUGUAAGGGCUGCGGCCCGCUUGUCAGAUUGCUGCUGCUGCUGCUGCUGCUGAAGACGCCGAAGACGACCCAGCCAUGCUGCUUGCAGAGCAGGCGCAAAAGUGGUUCCCCACUCACGUUCAGGUGACAGUCCUUCAAGCCAGAGAGCUGCACGCCAAAGGCAAGAAUGGCACCAAUGACACUUACACCAUCAUUCAGUUGGGCAAAGAGAAAUACUCCACAUCGGUGGCUGAGAAGACUUUGAACCCGGUAUGGAAAGAAGAGGCGUCCUUUGAGCUGCCGGGUCUGCUGCUGGAGGGCAACCCAGAAAAAUACGUCCUGCUCCUCGUAGUGAUGCACAGGUCUCUGGUGGGGCUGGACAAGUUCCUCGGCCAGGUGUCAAUUAACCUGAACGAAAUCUUUGAAAACAAAGAAAGACGGAAGACAGACUGGUUCAAGUUAGAGUCUAAACCAGGGAAAAAAAGUAAGGAUCGUGGUGAGAUUCAAGUCAACAUUCAGUUUAUGAGGAACAACAUGACGGCGAGUAUGUUUGAUCUCUCCAUAAGAGACAAGCCCCGCUCUCCUUUUGCCAAACUGAAAGACAAGAUGAAGGGGAGGAAAAAUGAUGGCACGUUCUCGGACACUUCUUCGGCCAUUAUUCCAAGAACAAGCACGCCCAGGUCUGAUCCUGAACUUUCUGACAUGGACCAACAGCUGAAAUCCAAACCAAAAAAGACAUUGCUUCUGGCACCUCAGCGCCUUUCUGCUGCCCACUCCAUGUCAGAUUUAAUUGGCUCUCAUUUCUCUGGUGACAAAGUGAAGGCAAGCACGAUUGGACAUCCUCCCCUUUUCCGACCUAAGUUGGACUCUAUGAAUUCAAUUGAUGAAAGCGGCAAUGUUAAUUCACCUCAUCGGAGAUCACAAAGCGUGGGUACUGCCAAACCAAAUCAAAGCACCAGUCUGGACAGUGAUUAUGCCUUGGAAGUUGAAAACGAUCCAUUUGGAAGUAUUGGUGCCUCUCUACCCCAAAAGUCUGCCACUCUUCCACGAAAUAAGAACCCAUUUGACUCUGGCACCAGUAUCACAUGGGACAGCAGCACAGCCGUUUCGUCCAGAGUUACAGAGAUUGGAAAAGAUAACCGGAAAGAGAAAAAAGAAAAAGUUAGCCUCUUGGAGAGGGUAACUGGUAAAAAAGAUGGCAAAAAGAUAGAGAAGCUUGGAAAUGGAAAAUCGACAAGCACUGGGGAAACGCAGGCUCGAAAUCCUUUUAGUAAUGAUCUGCUUGAUGAUGCUGAAACAAAUCCAUUCUCUACAAAUUAUAAGGCCAGUGUAGGAAAGCCUGAAAGUAUUGAAGAUAUGAAAAACAAGGUGAUGAACAGACAUGGUCUAUCAAACAGUAAAGGUGAUCACGAAGAGAAAGGCAGAACUUCGGAAGGAAAUCCUUUUGGUACCACUGCAUCAUACCGCAAUUUGUCUUUUGAAGAAGUUGUUCAAGAACUGAUCAAACAGAAGGAGCUGGUCAGAAAAAAAGAUGCCCACAUACGUGAACUGGAAAACUACAUUGACAACCUCCUUGUACGAGUCAUGGAAGAAACUCCCAGCAUUCUAAGGGUGCCUUACGAACCAGCCCGUAAAGCGGGAAAAUUUUCUAAACAGUAAUUAAGUGCAAAAACAAACAGAGCAAAUUUUUACUAGUGUGUUUCCUGGGAAGAAGAGGGUACUUUUGAAUGUAUUGCAUUUUAUUUACUAACCAUUACUUGAUAUAUUUCCAUGCUGCUGCUGCUGUUACUGGUUAACCUUUUUAUAUUGUUGACCAUCUCAGUUGGGUAAGUGGGUAAGUGUUGAACAAAAUCUACAAAUAAUUCUUCUACCCAGUAUUCAGAAUCAAAGCCCACUUGAAAUACAGUGUGCCAUGUUCACAUAAUACAUAAUGUGUGCCAUAUGAGAAUACUUGAUAUAUUGAUGUGGUAACUUUGCCUAAAUCAGUCAUUCGAGUUACAGGUGGAAAAAAAAAUAUUUUGAGUUUGGCAUUUUUCCCUUUUGCUUCUUUGAGGUAAAUAUGAAUUAUAUGUCACAUUAGUAAGGAAGUCUUUGGCCCUUUAUUUGGAGGAGGUUAGUAGUUCAAGUUUUCAUUGGGUACAUGAGCCAGGUCACGUUGUAUUUCUAAAUUCUUUUAAAAGAUGUCAAGCUGCAACUAUUAAUGUGCUGCUAGUGUGAAACCAAAUAAAAUAAAAUGUUGACUCAUUAAGAAUCCUUUAGUGAAGUCUACAGUGGGGAGUAGUGAAACAUAGUGAGUAGUCAAAUGGUAAAAUAUGUUAUCUUUCAUUCAACUCUGUACUGGAGCGUGAACAUCUGUGAUAUUUUGCCCAGAGUGAUAAGGAAAAAUUCCUUAAAAUGUUAUAAAUGAGCAUUUGUUUAAAACACUAGGGCACUUUUUUUUAACUUUUAGAUACUGCCUCCACAAAUCUCCCUUACAGGUUAAACAGUGAAGCCUAACACACAGUGUAUAUUUUGUUCACGUGUAUUUUGUACUUUCUACCAGACAGUCUUCCAACAAGAUCCACUUUUGACAGACUUCUGCUUCCUUGGGAUAAAAUAUCGGUCUUAAAUUGUUGCCACUUUUUUAUUUUUACAAUAUUUAAAUUUGUAUGUAACCUAAAUUCCUUUAGUUAUUGUGUGUGCUUAUAAAUUAGCGUAAAACACUGCUUGUAUUUAAACAAAAAAUAAAUUAAUAUAUAGCACUAUAUAAUUAUUAACUCAGUAGUAGCAAUUACAAUUAUUUUAGGGGCCAAAAUGUAGGUACGAAGUUAUUUUUCUGUCUAAAUACACUAUACUAUAUUCAGAUGCUAGACGAGAACAUUAUAGUGUACAUCACGUAGUUGAUAAGAAGUUAAAAGCUUUACAUCAAUGCAUAAACAAUGAGGAGCACUGUAGCACUGUUACAGAAAAUGAAGGACAAAUGUUCCUUAAAAUGAAGACAUAGUUAUGUGAAAUAUCAGAUUUUGUCUGAAGUGGAGAAUAAAGUUGAGCGAUCCAGAGACCAAGUCCAAGAUUCACACUGCAUAUUCAGAAGUUCUAAUUUCCAGUAUUCAUAGUUACUUGAAUCUUGCAGAAUUAUUUAGUGGUAUAUAUAGUUAACAAUUAUUAAUUUAAUUUAAAUAUUAACAUGUCUUUUCUGGCUUUACUUUGUAAUGCUCGUGAUUGGGAUUUGGAAAUCUGAACUUCUUUGAAUUGUACACUGCAUACACAAUGUCUUUGUUCGGAUCUUGGCAUGAUAGUAUUAUAUAUUGAACAUUUAAUGACAUACCUAUCAAAGAUAAAAUAUUCUUUAUCUUUGGUGAUCUUUAAAUGUUGCGUAAAAUAUUAAAUGAAACUUAAAAAGAGAUUUGCUUUCAAGAACAUUUUCUGUAAAUAAAUUGUCCAAUAUAAUUCAACAGGGUGUACUCCUAUAUGAAAUUUUUUUGUUUUUUUUGUUGUUUUUUUUUUUUCUUCGUUCAAGUUUGUAAAAUAAACAACUAAGUAAACAUAUGUAAUUACCCUUGUAAAGCAGACUCUGAACCUCUGGGGACCAGUUAAGCCAUGUUUUCAGGUCCUUAAUCUAAGUAGAAACCAAAUGUUCUAUAUAUGGUCUUCUUUUUUCUGCUACAAAAAAAAAAAAAAAAAACUAUACUGUCAUAAAAAUAUAAAAAGAUAUGAAAUAUGU